CAAAGGUCAGUAAAUACUGGUGAUGUCAUGCAGGCAAGAUGGCGGAAGGGGAGGACGUGGGAUGGUGGCGGAGCUGGCUGCAGCAGAGCUACCAGGCAGUCAAGGAAAAGUCCUCCGAAGCCUUGGAGUUCAUGAAGCGGGACCUGACAGAGUUCACCCAGGUGGUGCAGCAUGACACGGCCUGCACCAUUGCAGCCACGGCCAGCGUGGUCAAGGAGAAGUUGGCUACUGAAGGCUCCUCAGGGGCAACGGAGAAAAUGAAGAAGGGUCUGUCUGACUUCUUAGGGGUGAUCUCCGACACCUUUGCUCCCUCACCAGACAAAACCAUCGACUGCGACGUCAUCACCCUGAUGGGCACGCCCUCUGGCACAGCUGAGCCCUAUGAUGGCACCAAGGCUCGUCUCUACAGCCUGCAGUCAGACCCAGCAACCUACUGCAAUGAACCAGAUGGGCCCCCGGAAUUGUUUGACGCCUGGCUUUCCCAGUUCUGCCUGGAGGAGAAGAAGGGGGAGAUCUCAGAGCUCCUUGUAGGCAGCCCCUCCAUCCGGGCCCUCUACACCAAGAUGGUGCCAGCAGCUGUUUCCCAUUCAGAAUUCUGGCAUCGCUAUUUCUAUAAAGUUCAUCAACUAGAGCAGGAGCAAGCGCGGAGGGAUGCCCUGAAGCAGCGGGCAGAACAAAGCAUCGCUGAGGAGCCUGGAUGGGAGGAGGAAGAAGAAGAACUUGUUGGCAUUUCACCCACAUCUCCAAAAGAGGCAAAGUCUCCUGUGGCCAAAACGUCCACAUCCCUUGAAGGAGAACCUGGCCCCCAGAGCCCCUGUGAAGAGAGUCUGGUGAUCCCAGUAGAGCCUCCGACAGAAGUGACCCCGUCAGAGAGCAGCGAGAGUAUCUCCCUCGUGACACAGAUUGCCAAACCUGCCACCACGCCUGAGACACAGGUGCUGCCCAAGGACCUGUCCCAAAAGCUUCUAGAGGCGUCUUUGGAGGAACAGAGCCUGGCUGUGGACGUGGGCGAGACUGGACCCCCGCCCCCAGCUCAGUUCAAGCCCCACACCCCUGCGGGCCGCCCCAGUGGCCCGGAGCCCAGGCCUCCGGCCAGAGUAGAGACUCUCAGGGAGGAGGUGCUCACAGACUUAAGGGUGUUUGAGCUGAACUCGGACAGUGGGAAGUCUACACCUUCCAACAAUGGAAAGAAAGGCUCGAGCACAGACAUCAGCGAAGACUGGGAGAAGGACUUUGACUUGGACAUGACUGAAGAAGAAGUGCAGAUGGCACUUUCCAAAGUGGAUGCCUCGGGUGAGCUGGAAGAUGUAGAGUGGGAGGACUGGGAAUGAGGGGAGCCAGGGCGAGCAGCUCCCGCUCCACAGCACCUCCCGUUUCCCUCGAUCGCCUCCGCCCAGCCCUGGAAGACGCUGAUCAAGGAUGUCCCCCAAACGGCCUCUGUCGACUAGAGCUCUAGGCACAGAUUCUGGGUUGCUCCUUGCCGGCCCUGUGGGUCUCUUCUCACAGCUGGGAAGGGGCUCACAAAAUCCAAACCAAGAACUCUGACUUGUGCCAACCACAGGAUGACCCUAAGGGGGAGGAAACCUGCCCCCUCACCGGAAGAGCCUACGUUUCUCUGCUGAAUACCCACUGUUCUUGGGGACUCUGGCUGGAAAGUCCCAAGAGGUAGCUCCAUCCCUUCUGCCUGUGUGGACGGGAGCUAAACCACCAUCCUUGGAGGAAGCCAAGUCAACACACUGUCCCAUAAGCAGGCAAGGAAGGCCAUGCCACCUGCCUUUGGGUAGACAGGCAUGGCAAACACACUUUGGUCCCUAUUCCAGUGGGUAAGAGACAUUUGACUCUGGGAAAUUAUCUUCUCUUGGGAACCUCCCAUUCCCAGGCAUUUUCCAUUUCUGGAAAGGUUCCUUGUGGUUCAGAAUCUAGAGACCAAACCCUGAGUUCCUACCUUUUUGCAUCCAGUCCAGGCUGGUUCGUCCCCAGCGCCUUUCCCAGGGCUUGUUCAUGUCAGACGCACCCAAGUCCUUAGCUCACCUGUGCCACCUGCAAGACUCUGCUCUUGCUUCUCUUCCCCUCCCCAAGAAGGGGGGGACCACUUCAGGCCCUUCUGUAUGUUGUCUGGCGGGGUACCUUGUCCAGCCAGCUACCCAACUUGGUUCACCUGGAUCUUAGGACACCAGCCAGCUCCAGGUGGUGCAGAGCAGUGAUCAAAACCGAAUACUUACAUCCCUGGUAAGCGCAAUUUCUCUGCCUCAACCCUUCUGCUUCUUGAAGGGAUAUACUGGGGGUGAAUUCUUGAUACUCUCACCAGGCUUCUGAAAAAGCUCUUCUUCCUGAAGGCAGACCCAGUCUUUAUUGGCUCUUACCUUCCACUCUGGUAAAGGUACACCUCUCUUGGGGGGAUGAGGGACUGCAGGAAUCCCUGGAGACCCUGGUGCUUCACGUUGCUGCUCUGGUGAUUCUUGUACAUAGUCUGGUGUGUUCUCCAGUGGCUUAAUGGGAUCAAGGCAGGGAGCCGAGAGCGUGGUGGUCACUUCCACGUCAGACCUUCAGUGCGGGGGUGGGAUGGAAAGAAUGCUGAGUCUUUUCGAUGGGAUGGGGUUUUUCUCUCUUUGUAAUUUCUUCAGUUUAAUUAAUCUUUUGGUUGUUUGUGCAAUAUUAUAUAUUUUAAAUUAUAAUGCAUCUCCCCAGAGUAUUUUGUAGCCGGGAAAAGAAAAAAGGGAAAAAAAAAAGAUUCUAACAGCUGUUAGUUUUGUAAUUAAAAAGAAAGAAAAAAGAACUUUGUCCCGAACGUUUUCCAGACUUGCCGUUAACAGCAUUAAAGAGAUUCAACAGAA